AUGAAGCGCAGCGGCGGAGCCAUUGGAGGGAAUGAGGCCCGGAGGGCCAGGUUGGAGCCGGAGAUUGCUCCUGAGCGCAACGAGGAAGCAAAGGACGCAGAAGGGAGAGAAUCUUCGAUAAAGGAGGAGGAAGAGAAGGACGAUGAGUCGACAGAUGUGGAAACAGACGAACAAGGGCAGCCAAAGGAUGACAGAGAGGAAGCGAAAGGCAGACUUAAGGAAGAUGACGAAUCCACUUUGGAAGAGGAUUCAGAUGCUCCUGAUCCUUCCCACAGUGUUGACGAUCAGGAUGAUAUGGAAGAAUCAGCUACUGCAGGCCAAGCCUUCGCUUCAAUGCCCUCCAGGAAGAAAGCAGGUGAUGAGUCUCCAAGCAAGCUGUCUUAUCCCAAGCCCAAGAACUUUGCCGAGCGCAUGAUGAACGCACUAGAGAAAGGUAUAGCGUCGGAAUCAAUAUGGUGGGUUGGCGACGGAAAGGCCGUCGCCUUGCACCCCAAGAACCUAAAGAUGAGUUCCUCCUUGACGGAAUACUUCAAGGCUAAGGACUACAGUGGUUUCAUCCGGAAUUGCAACCGUUGGGGAUUCAGGAGGGUGGCAGCCUAUCGAGUUUCGCCGGGCAUUGUCACCUACGAAAACAGUUUGUUUCAAAGAGACCACGCUCAUUUGGUAAAGCACAUGCGCAUGGACUCGGACGUACAAGAUGUCUUUGCAAGGCACCAAAAGACGAGCGAUGGAGACGCCAGAGCUGAUGAGUCUGAGGCUGACAAGACGGCACGUCUCAUUGCCGAAGUCAAGGCGAUGAAGAGAGAGAAUCGGACCCGUCGACCGAGGCAUCAAGCCGCUGCCGACGCUGAAAGCCUGGAGAGGGCAAGUGCUGUGUUUCAAUCCACAGCAAACUUGGACUCUCUGCCAGUGGACGAUUCCUCCCUCUCCAAGGAAUUUUUGUUCCGCAAGAUAUUGCAGCUGUCGGAGCAGUUCUUGGACCAUCCCGGAAGCCUUUAUUCGGAAGACGCUUCCAUGACAACCACUAUGCAACUUGUGCGAGCCCUCGGUCAGCAGCAUGAGCAAUCGCUGCAAGAAUCGGGGCAUCUCAAUGCCGUUCUUCAGUUGGAGAAUUCUGUUCAGCAGGCCCAGGCGGAGCAGAGACGGGCUACUAUUCCGGCAGCAGCCGCCGCAAACCCUUCGGCGCCUGCCCCUGUGCCACCGGCAGAACCUCCAGCGGCACCCCACCCUCCAGCCGCGGCAUCACGACCAGAGGCAAAUCCGCUUGGAAAUCAUGAUUUGACGAUGCAAUUGUUGGCUCGUACCCAACCAAAUUCCAACUCGACGGCGAACGCGUUGGAGGCUCUGUUAUUACAAAGCCAGGGCACGCAUCUUGGUCAGCUUCUCCAGCAGGCACAUGCUGCGCCACAACCACCACCCCCGCCACCGCAGCAACAAGAGCGACUUGGUGUCGAUCGACUGUUGGCCGAACAGCUGCAGCAAAGUCUCCUCGGGUCGUCGUCGGGUGAUGCGAAUUCCAUGCUCGCAGCUGCCUUGGCCCAGUCGUUGGCGCCUCGUGUAGAACAGCAACAACAACCACAACAGGCAGUGGUUGGUACUUCGAAUCAAGAAAUGAAGAGUAACGCAGCUGACGGAGGGGCGGAGUCGUCUCCACAAUUCACUACAGCUCAAGAACUGCUCAUGCGAGUCAUGAAUCAGCGCCGCAACCCCGGUGGGAAUUAG